AUGAACAAAAAGUCAGAGUUCUACUCUGAAGAGGACCAGAGUGCCAAUUCCGAGUCAGAGGUGGUACGACAGUUCCGUAAACUAAUUCCCAAAGACCAUAAGCUCUCUUCUGACAUCUCAUCGUGGAAACAGCUAAACCAACCUCAAGAUCUCGUCGAAAUUCCAAAUGUUCCCGAUUCUUUGAAUGAGACUACUCUGGAUGACUAUGUGCGUACCCUGAACCGUGUGAAGACCCGAAAGUUUGACCAAAAUCCAGUCUAUGUCAGAAAAGCGUUUGAGAAAAUCGUCGAGUCCAAUGUGCUAGCGAGCGUGCACACCUACAACAUGAUUCUCAGGUUCUUUGCAACAACACAUGAUUUCAGUAACGUCAAGGAAACCAUGCGUCUGAUGAAUCAAAGAAAACUGUAUCCGAACACAGAGUCUUUCAACUUUGUGCUGGGCCCCAUGAGAACCAGUCGCCAUGAGCGAAAGUUUGCGCUCAUCAAUAUGUACCUCAAGCAAAUGCGUUUCUACAGGCAGAUCCCAGAUCUGAGCACCUGUUAUAUUCUUUUUGAGUGUCUCCGCACGCAUCGGAAACCAAUAUACGACUACAUGGUUAACAGCGGCUGCUCGCUGCGUCCCAUUCUCCCCGCCGUGAUGGCCUACAAGCACGACAUCGAGAAAAAGAGCUAUGGCGAGCUCAUCGCGGAAAUGGUUGCAAGUGGACAAUCGUUCAGAGAUGAGCCGAAACUGGUUGCAGAAUUCGUUAGAUUUGUGCUAGAUGAAUACGGGCCCUCGCAAGCCUGGGAGUUUGCGAUGGACAGACUUGAAAAUGAUAUUUCAGAACUCACGCCGUCAAUGCUGGUCCAUUUUGUAAACCACUUUGUCAAAGCAAAUCAACUUCACAACGCCAUAGCGAUGAUCAACAAUUUCGACAACCAUUUUCUCAAAAGAAAAGUGCACAAGGUGUACGAGAUCCUGACUAUGGCAAUGAUAGACCGCCCAAACAGUGAGAACUGGUCCGUGCUAGUGCGCAGAUUCUACAUCGAGAGCAAAACUUCGUUUGCACGCACAAUCAUGCUUCCUAAAGAGGUUGCAAAGCUGCGAGCCAGAGCCAAGGAGUACGGCUACACUAAUUUCAAUCCGGAAAAACUCACUCACGAGGAGUUAGACCUCACUUCUAAAGUGCUGGAAAGCCUACAAUGGAGCGACCCGCAUCGCCCGAUUUUCGAGCUCCAGAAGAACCCAGAGAGCUUCCAGGAAGCUGCCAAAUUUGUCGCAUAG